AUGACCAGCCCUUGCAUAUCGAUACCAAAGAAGAAGACGGAUGAGGUGGACUGGACGUCACCCAUUCGAUCACUGAUACAGCAGUCAUAUGGCGAAAGUCCGGAUAACUAUGCAACAGAGUGUGCUGCGCUUCAGAGAUGCAGGCAAGAUGCAGUCAGAGGAGCUGGCAGUGAUUCAACCGCGCGCGAUCUAUUGUACAAAUACUUUGGUCAACUUGAGCUACUCGAGCUUCGAUUUGCGGAGAUAAGAGUGUCCUUCCCAUGGUAUGAUGCAUUCACCGGAAAGUUAACGACACAAACCUCUCUUGCAUUUGAGAAGGCAUCCAUUAUUUUCCAAAUAGCAGCCACACACACAUCCAUUGCUGCAUCUCAGAACCGCGCUGACCCAGAAGGUCUUAAACGGGCGAUUCAUUACUUUCGCACGGCCGCGGGAAUGCUUACAUACAUAAACGACAACUUUCUACACGCUCCAUCAACUGACUUGAGCAAGGAGGUCGUCAAGUUUCUUGUGGGUAUCGCGAUUGCGCAGGCGACAGAAGUGGUAUACGAGAAGCUCGUAGAAGAGAAGAAGGCAUUAGUAACCAAGGUUGCAUCCCAAACUGCGUAUUUGUACAAUGCGCUGCAGGAGGAUGUGAAGGAGUUUAUGGGCAGAGGAAUAUUCGACCGCAAUUGGGUUACUCUUAUCCAGAUAAAAGCCAAAUACUUUGCUUCUCUCACUCAGUACCACCGUGCCCUCACAGAUGAUAGCUCAGGCAAACACGGCGAUGCUCUGGUCCGGUUCCAAAUCGCUGAAACUCAUGCCAAAGAAGCUCACCGACUUGCACAAUCGUUUACCCCAUACUUCGUGGUCACCCUUACACCAACCAUGCCUUCAGACGCUGGAGUUGCCAUUCUCGAGCUCACCAAGUCUCAUCUGGCGCUAUGUACAGAGCACAAAAACACUGCUCAAAAGGACAACGACUUGAUUUAUCACUCUAUCCUACCUUCCGAGGCGUCGCUCCCCGUGAUCGACAAAGUGAGCGUUGCUACUCCGAUUCCGAUUCAAGAGGUCUACGGAACACCCGAAGUCCAGAAGGUCAUCGGACCUGAUUUGUUCAUCCGUCUAGUUCCAUUAAGCGUGCACGAAAGUGCUUCCGUCUAUUCGGAAGAAAAGGCCAAACUUGUACGUGGCGAAUCCACGAGGGCGGAGGAAGCGGAUGGGGACUUGCGCGCAGGAUUAGACUCGCUGGGAUUACCUGGGGCAUUGGCCAAGUUCAGAGAGAUGGCUGAAGGAAGCGAUGCUGAUGCAGAGAGCGCUGUGCCGCAACAAAUAUGGACAUGGAAGGAAGAAGUGGAGAACAAGGAGAGCGAGAACCCCACAGAAUCAAUAUUAGCACAGCUAGAGAAGCUCAAAGCGGAAGUGGAUGCGGAUCUCGCAACUGUCUCCAGAGAGCUGGAGUUGGAAUCACGAGAGUGUGAGAGUAUGAGGGUUAAAUACGAACACCUCUGGACCCAAGAGCCUUCAGCAUCUCGCACUGCUGCCCUUCGUCAAGAACUCAAGUCUCACCGAGAAGCAUUUGCUGCAGCGGCUUCGUCAGACGGACAGGUUUUAUCGCUCUGGCAGAGUACUAAGCCUGGGCUCGAUAUUCUUCGUAAUAACCCAGCUUCAUUGUUCCAACGCGUGGACAGCGAGCCCGGGAGCCUUCUCGAUUUAGAUGAAGGCGCGAACGUAGACACAGACGAAUCCAAUGCGAUCAAAGCUCAAAUAGAAGAUAUCGAUGAGAUACUCGGGAGACUUAACAAGAUCAAACGGGAAAGAGGAGAAGUCUUGAAGGAUCUCAAAGAAAAGGUCCAAAACGACGAUGUCUCCCACUUGCUAUUACUGAACCGCCGCUCUGGUCCGGCAGUCGAAACUGCACUCUUUGCAUCGGAGCUGGAAAAGUUCCGCCCAUACCAAUCUCGGCUCGCAUCAACUGUGCACCACCAGCAAGCAGCCCUUCAAGAGGUUGGGAAUCUGCUAAAACGACUGCAAAACGAGCGCGGGCGUAGUGCAUGGGCGAAGAAGUGGGAAGCUGGAGAAAAGAAACGCAAGGAUGCAAUCACAAGGAUCGCUAGGGCGAGAGAGGGUUGGGUUGAAGUUCGGGAAGGAGCUGGAAAAGGGAUACAAUUUUAUCAGGAUUUGGCAUCUAUGGUCUCGGCGCUCAAGCGGAACGCUAUAUCUUACACGUCUUCACGUAAGGCAGAAAGGGAUCGUCUCGCCUCAGAGAUUGAAGUCCAGAGGCGGCUUUCUGCUCCUGCAGUACCCCCUCCUGUCCCGCCUCCACCUAGUACCCAGCCACGUUCGCCUACCCUUGAAGGUGCGAUGGGUGGACUGAAUCUUGGGUCAGGGACAAAUUCGGGGUGGUCUCAACCUCCCCGGCCACCAAGUCAAUCGUUCCCGCCCCCACCGCCGCAACGUCCAGCAUAUGCUUCACCAGCCCCGCCCCACCCCCGCCUCCACAGCAAUAUCAAUCCUUCAAUGCACCCGGGGUAUUCGUCUCCUGCUCCUCCACCAGAUCCAUACGCAGGCCUCGGCUCAGCGUUCUCGACGACUGCACCCACGACCGCUAGCCCGUCACCGUACCCUCCCCCCCCCUCCCCCAGUCGACAGAGUACGUACCCUCCCCCGCCACCCCCUGCUCGACAAGGAACGUAUCCUCCUCCAGUGGGUCAAGCUCAGAGCCCGUACCCGCCCCUCCACCUCAAGGUCAACAAUACGGCGGGUAUGCACAAUAUGCCGCCUCAGCAGUACGGGCAGCAACCACCCCAGCAGUAUGGUCAACAAUAUGGUCAGCAGCAACCGCAGUAUGGCCAGCAACAGCCCCAGUACGGGCAACAACCGCAGUACCAGGGGGGAAUACCUCCUCCUCCACCUCCAGUAAAUUAUUCCUCCCCACCUCCAGGAGGGUAUAAUAAUACCUAUGGAGGACAAGGUUACGGCCGAUAG